AUGAACAGAUUUGUUGGCUUGGUUGUACUGUCGGCGCUGGUGAUCGGCGCAUUGGGUCAAAAUGAGCGUGAUGCUGCCGUCCGGGAUCGGGCCAGCAACGGCUACGAGGUCCUGGUCGAAUCGUCCCUGCACGUGCGGAAGGCAAACCCGGCGGUGCGACGAAACGUGCGCAGCGUAAUCGAUCUGUUGGUGCCACAGGAAGCGCUGCUGGUGCGCCAGAAACGCCAGUUUGGUGGCUUCGGAGCAUCCAGCUCGAACGCGAAUGCCAACGCCUUCGGACAGUAUUACGGACCGGACGGAUUCGGUGCCAGUGCCGCAAACGCUGGAGCGCAAUCCUUCUACAACCAGGGACCGGGUGGCGGCUUCGGUGCAUCCGCUGCCAAUUCCGCCUCGCAAGGAUUUUCUGCCGGUCCGGGUGGAUUCUCGGGCUCUGCUGGACAGUCUGGUAGCCAAACGUACAAACUGCCGGGCAACAAGGACGUCAGCCUUUCGUAUACCGGUGGAUUCUCUGUCGCCAACGGACAGCCUAGCGUAUCGCAGGGCAGCUCCCUCAGUUUCUCGUAA